AUGCUAGGGUUCCUCGACUACUGGCGACAAGAAGCUCAGGGUUUGUAUAGACAGGUCCCGGAAGGUGAAGAUAGUUCCAGCCGGGAAAGGCACAAUACCCCUAGACCCACCAACCUGCACUUUGUUGUUCAAAAGAUCUACGAAGUGGCGCCCUUUUUGCUAUUGCUCAAUCUGGUUUUCGCUACCGUCUGGACUGCUCAGGGGUUGUUGCACAUCUCCAAGCGACCGAGGGCCGUUAUCCCUGACAUUCCUAUCAUAUCUACAACAUUCGAUGAAAAUGCGACAUUCAUGGCCCCGGCUUCGCCAGAAAGCGACGCAGCGUGGGAAGCCUUAAGACCCAAAGGAGGGGGUGCAAUCGUAGUUCCGAACGCCAAAGCCUACGGACUCAAGCCCGGCAUCCCCAUGAAGACAGGACCCGACGUCUACGGCAUCUCCAUGUUUCACCAAUUGCACUGCCUUACAGUCCUCCGAGCGAGCUACUACGCCGCCCUCAACGGCACCCUUCCCGCCUUCACCCAACCCGGCAUCGAACUCGUCUCUGAGGAGAAGAAACUCAUGUUACUUCGCGGACAUACCGCCCACUGCUUCGACUAUGUACGGCAGGGCAUCAUGUGCGCGGGCGAUCUGACUAUCGAGUCUGCGAAUGAGUUCCCCGAAAAAUGGCUCGAGGGCAUCGGCGAGGAUGCACUUCGUGAGAAGUAUGGAGGACACAAGCCGGUGCUUGUGGAUGGGUGGGGGAUCAAGCAUCAGUGCCGGAACUUCGGUGAGGCGUGGGAUUGGACAUCUAGGAAUAGAGUUCCUGAUGGUUCUGGUGUGGUGCUGUAG